AUGCCCACUACCAUGAUGCUCACCCAGAACCUGACUCUGCUGCCAUCACCAACACUUGGAUUGACAAGAGCCCCUUGGAAGUCGCAGGAGGAUCCAUCUGAUGCUGCUGAUUGGAGUGACAUUGCGGAAGACAACGAUGGGGAUGAGAGGACCUAUAAACCUACCGCACCCGAGAAGAAGGCUAAGAAGCUGGGAGCUGCACACAAACCGGCCUUGGUUGCUUUUACCUCGACGCUUACUAUAUUUGACGAGAGACAUAUAUUGCCUCGCGGCCCAGAGUAG